AUGACUGGCGUUGUUGGGAAAGUUAUUAUCCCUAGAAAGUCAGAUUUUGACAGUUUUAUAGACCUCGCAACUGACUCACUUGGGUGGGUGAAGCAUUAUUCCAGCAAAUCCAAGUCUUUACCCAUUACAGCUUAUACAAAGAUUGUCGAAGGAAAUGUUGUACGGGCAGCAAAGAUUGAAGCUGUUUUUUGCGGUGUUUCUGCUUUCAAUGUAUACGAGAGCCUUCAUGACCCAGAAUUCCGGAAAACUUGGGAUGAUUGUAUGAAGGAGGGUUCACGCAUUUGCUACGUUGCUCCAAACAGUGAAAUCGGUUAUUACAGACUGAAAUCGCCGUUUGGUUUGAAAGAUCGGGAUUUUGUUAAUCAACGCUCGUGGUACGCAGAUGAAAGUGUCUACAUUAUCAUGAAUCAUAGCGUCAAAAUGCCACCAGUGGAAGGUGUUCAACGGGGAAUUUCCUACGUCACUGGCUAUCUUAUCAAACCUCUUACUCAUGACUCCUGUGACUUUACCUACAUUUCUCAUUCUGACCCACGAGGUAAACUUUAUUUUAAAAAUUCCUAUCUAAAAAAAUUUCCGUCUAAAGGCAAAGUUCCCGCAUGGGUGGUAAAUGCUUCGGUAAAGACUGUCGGUCCUAUCAUCGUGAAACGUCUCUAUGAAGCUGCACGCAAUUAUGCGGCCUGGAAGGCUGAGCACGAUCCGGAUCUCAAGCCCUGGAGCAACUUCCACCAACUGCAGGAAUCUCCACCCUUGGAUCCAGCUGAUGUUGGCAUGCUGAAUGCUGAAGCUGUUGGCAAGACCAAUGAUGAGGACGAUGAUGGUGAGGAAGAGGUUCCAGAUGAAUCGUCUCUUAUGUUGUCAAAUUCGGACAGUGGCGUAUCACUCAGCAGUGUGGACCAUUCCUCACCAGUCAAAGGACUCGAUGUGAAAUGA